CAAGCCUUUUAGAACAAAAUGCAAACCUUUGCCUGCCAUUGCUGUUUCCAACUGACUGUCAUGUUCACCACCGGCGUUAAGCCGCUGCCAGGAUGUUUCGCUCUCCCAUCGCUUUGUGAUGCGUGCAGAAGGUGACAAAAGCAUUUUUCUCGUCUCCGAGGCAGCUGCUGAGCUGCUCCGACAGGAGGUGAAGCUGCCGACUCGCAUGGUGAUGUGCGGUGUGGCAGCUUUCCAGAGGACUGGUUCGCACCACGAACGUGCUUGUCCCUGGCAAUUGGCGCAAGAAGGUGCAGCACAGCUUUGUGCCUUGAAGCUGCGGCGCCAGCUCGCGUGCAGCAGGUCGUUUUUGCGGCAGCUCUUGGUUGAGCGCGAGCUCACCAUAGCAGAGGUUCGCAGCUUGGCAGCGCAGGGUGAUGCCACUGGCCUCGAGGCGCUCUCAGAGGCAGAUGGUGGCGCUUUCUCGCCCGGAUCCAUAGCUUUGACACUGAGCUCCAAGGACGAAGGUGAACGGCCUCCCUUCGCAUUGGUGGCCAAUGCAUCCGAGAGCUCCUUGGAGUUGCUUUUGCGCCAGCAGGAAGCUGGGAGCCUCAUGGAGGAUCUUGCUGGGCAGCCAACUGUGCAGGAGAUCCUGGCCACCAACCAGCAGGAGGGCCUGAAUGAGGAUGAUGAGGCCGACUCUGGUGACCGAGAAGCGGAUGACGUGUGAG